AUGACUUCGCCCUCCUAAAUGCUUAAGAAAAGAUAUAAAAUCAAUGAGCCUAUAACUGAUGCUACUGAUAUCAUUUAUGGAUUUGAUUAAAUGUCGAAGAUGCCUAAAAAUCUAAAAGUAAUGAUAAGGGUAUACAGAAGUCAGCCUGAAUAUCAAAGACAAACAUAAUUGUUUAAGAAUCUUCGCUCUCACAUGGUCUCUACUCUUUUAGAUUUUUGGGAGGAAAAUGGACUAGGCUUCAUUGUAUUAGAAAGAGGAAGCUACACAGUUGACUAGUAUUUGGUAGAAAUGCAAGGAAAGAUUGACCUUGACACAAAAAAGUACAUAUUACUGGAUAUGAUUUCUACAUGGAUAUUUCUUUAUCAAUAUGGAUACUAUUCAGAAUUUAAGCCUGAAGAUUUUAUGUGGUAUGGAGGAGGACAUUGGAAGCUAAUAAAUUGUGCUAAUGUAUGCCCUUUCUCUGAAAUCAUUCAGAAUCCUGGAGAUUAGAUGGAUUUUAUUCAUGUUGAUAGGGAUGUUGUGAUUAAAGUUAUUAAUUUUGAGCACUCUCAGGUUCUUCACGAUCCGGAUGUUCCAAUCUAAAGUUUAGGAAUGAUGCUUUUGGAAUUAUUCUUGAUGUCGCCUGUGUUAGCUAAUAAAGGUUAUGAAGAUUUGACUGAAGACCUUAGGAAAGGGGCAUUGAUGAGUUUCGUUACAACUGAAGAGGAUAAAAGUAUAUUUGAGAUUUUGAAGCACAUCAUACUGUAAAAUAAACAUGAAUAAGAUGAAUAAAAUUAGCUUAUACUGCAUAUUGAUGCUCUAAUUAAGAUUUGGAAUAAUAAUAGCACUCCAGAUGCAAACGAAAUAAAAAAGAAUCCUGGCAAAUACAUAAAGAAAGCAGGUGCAUUUUGA